AUGCCUAAAAUUGAAACUGUUGCUAUCGCUGGUGCAUCUGGCACCCUGGGACCCCACGUGUUCCAGGCACUUGUCAAUGCAGGCUUUCGGGUCUCGAUUCUCACUCGUUCUAACAAGCCGGGAGCAUAUGCUUCGAACAUCAACGUCUUCGAGGUUGACUUCAAUUCAGUGGAGUCGUUAACCUCUGCACUUAAAGGUGUGGACGCUGUCGUAUCCACUGUGGGUGGUGCAGCAGUCGACAAUCAAACUGUGCUUAUCGACGCCGCCAUUGCCGCAGGAGUGAAGCGUUUCAUUCCGUCCGAAUUUGGCAAUGUGACCACCAAUCCAAAGGUCGAAAAAUUUCCAGUUUAUAGCUCCGUGUUUAAGAUCCGGAACUAUCUCCAGGAAAAGGCAGCAGCCGGACAGUUGUCAUGGACAGUCCUUGCAUGCGGCGCCUUCUUAGACCUCGUUUUGAACACUCCAACUUUGCUGGACUUUCAGAACCACACUGUGACUAUUCUCGACGAAGGCGACAAUCGGAUCAGUUCUACCAGCUUGCCCGCGGUGGGGAGAGCUAUAGCUGCAAUCCUGCAAAACUUUGACGCCACGGAGAACAGAGUCAUGCAUGUAUCAGAGGCAAUUUCGACUCAGAACCAGCUGAUUGGGUUCGCAAAGGAGAUUCGGCCUGAUAUCGAGUGGAGCAUUAGCAAAGAGCAAUCAAGCCUGCUUUUGCAGGAGAGUCUGGAAGAAUUUGGUGCCGGUGACUUCAGUGUGCCUACCUUCAUGAAACUUCUGAAAGGUACCGCUCUCGCCGGUGAUACUUAUGGUGCCGCAUUUGAUGUUACGGAUAACGAGUUGCUUGGUAUCAAAGAAUUGGCACCAGCAGACCUGAAGAAACUUAUCGCCGAGAAGCUCGCCUAA